AAAAAAAGUUAUUAACCCUGAAUACCUUAUGGAGAAUAUCAGCCAUUUAAAGGUGUGACGGGCAACUAUAAAACACCCAAAUCGCAAGUAUCUCUAUGGAAAAUCUCCCUUUUGGCUGUAACGACAGAAACUCAAACACACCUCGAAUUCAAAGGAUGUGCUGGAAGACUACCAUUGAGGAACGCUGCAAAAGCUGCGACGAUCUGCUACGCACAGGAUUUGAGCUUGACAAGUGCCCCGAGUAUGAGGAGAAAGGGACCUGUGAGAAUGGUAUUAGGCAGCUGUCCCAGAGAGUCGAGGAUGAGUGCAAGAAGUGUAGGGAGCUUCGGGAAGAACAGGAGCGUAUGGCGGCGCUCAAUGCGUUGCGUAAGACGGGGAAGUGAUGGUGAGUGACGUACAGUUAGAACUGAGAUGCAAU